AUGCAAGCGUACGACCUGGCGACGCAGUGCCCGACUCGUCGCACCCUGAGCCGGCGCCACACGCUGGGCGGCACGGCGCUGCGGUCGGCGGCCGCCCUCGACGGCACGCAGUCGCUCCCGCAGUCGCGCCCGUCCUCGCGCGGGCCCACGCCUUCCUCGGCCUCUUCGGAAGCCGGCAGCCAGCAGAGCGGCCUCGGCGGCGUGCUGCCCGAGCUCAGCUGUUGUUGGCCGGUUAAAAACUGGCAAGCGGCCAUGGAGUGUCUGUCUUUGACCCUGGAGGAGAUAGUGCACAUCAGAUCUGUACUUACCAAAGCAGAACUGGAGUCUCUACCAGUCGAAGGUCACGUGAAAGAAGACGUAGAAAAGAAAAAGGAUAAUUAA